UAUUUACUCAAAAACAAAAAUCAUCUAAUUUAAUAUCAACUUUCAUUUUUUCACGACGUAGAUAUAUAAGUAUUAUUAGCUAAAGAAUUAAAUUAAAUUUCAGUAUUUGAUUUCGGAAAUGGAACAUAACAUUGAGUGCGCCGAACCGUACGAGAAAAUACUUUACCAACGAUACGUCGAUAAAUGCGCGAUAUUUUACGCGAGCGCCACAGCGACAGUUUUCUUCGGUGCGUUUAUAACAAUAAUCGCGCCAUUCAUAGAGGCCGAUCAUAUCUUCCCGUCAGAUGCAAAGUAUCCUUUCGAGGUAGAACAUGAGCCAGUGAAGCUUAUUAUCUAUCUACAUCAGUUCGUCGUCGUUUGGCAGUGCUUCUCCACCGUUUGCCUGUGUAGCUUUAUCGGUCUUCUUAUAUGGUUCGCCACAGCGCGUUUUGAAAUCUUAUCGCAACAAUUUCGUAUGAUCACCGACCUUUACGGCAUGAUCGUGUGCAUACGGCAACAUAUGAAAUUGAUAAGGUAACAGAAUAAUGCAUUUUAUUAUUUAUAAAAAUUAAUAAUCAUCACUCUUUAAUAAAGAAAUAACUAUUUUUAUUUUACAUGUUUUCUUUCUCUUUCUUGAAGUAAAAAUUUA